UUUUAAGCAGUUUUUCUACGAUACUUUACUAAUGUUCAGUUCGUUAUCGAAAGAACGAGUCAGGGGCAAAAAAGAAAGGAGAUGGCGGCUAUUCCACGCCACGGAUUUUCAAUCCUUGAUGUAUCCCUGUUUCAUCUUAUGCCGUAUUCUCGGAAUAUUUCCGUACAAGAUUAACACAUCGUCCUUCGAAAUUUCUAAACCGUGCUACAUUCUGUCGACUGUUAUUAAAUGUGUCACCUGUUUUUACACGCUAAUAAUUCUCUAUGAGAUUAACAGUGGAUUGUUCAAAGUCAGAAGCUUACGUCGGAUCAUUGAGGUCAGCGCCUUCUAUGUAUUCGGCAUUUUCAUAAUAAUUGUCACUUGCAUUUGGGAUGGUCCACGAAUGCGUUUGCUUCAGACAUUACUAAAAAUCUCUUCAGGACUGCCUUUGGAGUCAUAUCAGAAACCAUCUAUAUUGAUCCACGCAAAGGAUAUUUCCGGUUUCCUUUUCUUACUUGUGCAAACAAUGAUCUGUUUCAACUUGCUUCCUGUCUUGCAUGUGGUGUUUACAUUCCACAUCACUCUGAUAGUGUUUCAGAUGGAUAUGCUUUACAUGAAUUGUGUUUGUGUAUUAAAAAUUUGUUUCAAGAAAAUCAAUGACGAUCUGGAGAACCUGCUUGUAUUGAUCAACGAACCACAUUUAUUCAGACGGUUCUAUCACGAACAGAGAAAUCCUUUCUUCCUGAUGGAACUCAAGGCUAUAGAGAAGCGUCAUCUGAUGGCCAACAACACAUUACAGAUGCUGAAUAUAAUCUUCAGUCUGCAGCUUUCUGCUACUGUAGUCAUAACCUUCACUAGAAUCACUUUUAGCCUGUACUAUUGUUUACAAUUAGUACUGUGGCCAAACGUACAUAUAACCAGUUCAGAAAAACUGAUUUCUCUCACGCUUUUCUUCACGUCUAUAGCGUAUUACUUUAUAAAAAUAGCGCUGAUAGUAUGGACAUGCGAGACCGGCAAAGAUCAAGCCAUUGAGAUUGGCAUUACUAUUCACAACGUGCUUAACAGGAUUAACGACGAGCAAAUUAAAAACGAGUUGCACCUGUUUUCUUUGCAAAUACUGCAUACUAGCAAAAAUACAUUCUCCGCGAAAGGUUUCACUAUGGAUGCACCACUUCUUGCUACAUUAAUAGGAAGCAUCACCACGUAUCUAUUAAUCUUGAUACAAUUCGCGAACAUAUCGAAUUCUUGCAACGAACAAUUUAAAUUUUCCAAUAUUACACAGACAACGUAAUUCAAUGAAAAUACG